CCUAUCAAUGAAAAAAAAAAAAAUUUUCGAGCGUCAAAAAAAAUCUUUUUUAAAUCAAAAGCGGGGAGGCAAAGCCGAACAAAACCUUCUCUUUCCCUCCUUUUACAAACCAUGACGGGUGCUUACAGAACCUACAGCAAGACCUACAAGGUCCCCAAGCGUCCUUACGAGUCUGCCCGUUUGGACCAAGAACUCAAGUUGGUCGGUGAAUACGGCUUGAAGAACAAGAAGGAAGUCUGGCGCGUCGGUCUCACCCUGUCCAAGAUUCGUCGUGCUGCUCGUGAAUUGCUCACCUUGGAUGAAAAGGAUCCCCGUCGUCUUUUCGAGGGUAACGCCUUGAUCCGUCGUUUGGUCCGUAUUGGUGUCUUGGACGAGUCUCGCAUGAAGCUCGAUUACGUCUUGGGCUUGAAGAUUGAGGAUUUCUUGGAACGUCGUCUUCAGACCCAGGUCUUCAAGUCUGGUUUGGCAAAGUCGAUCCAUCACGCUCGUGUCCUCAUUCGUCAGCGUCACAUUCGUGUUGGCAAGCAGAUUGUCAAUGUUCCUUCGUUCAUUGUUCGCUUGGACUCGCAAAAGCACAUUGAUUUCGCCUUGACCUCGCCCUAUGGUGGUGGCCGUGCUGGCCGUGUCAAGAGAAAGAGAGCAAAGGCCGCCGAAGGUGGUGAUGAUGAAGAUGAAGAGUAAAUUACUCGUCCUUCUUUUUAUCUCUCUCUCUCUCUCCAAGUCCCCUUUUUCUCUACUCCUACACGCUGUUGUAUGAACCUUUGCAUGCCGUCAAU